AUGUUUUAACUACCUAGUGAGUAGAACACUCAGACCAAUUACAAGGUAUUCAGUAUCAAUUCCAAAUUAAAGGAAGAUCACAAAUAUGAAGAGAAUGAGGACACCUACAUAACUGGGAUUAAUUUAGUAGGACAAAAAUAAAAUUUGAUUGCAAAUAAUCAAUCUGGAUUCGUUAGUAACAAUACAGCAUCUAAAAUUAAUAAGGAAACACAAGUGCCAGCUAGGUAGACUUAUGGACCCCAUGAACUAGCUGAAAUGUUGCUAUCCAACCAAGCAAACGAAAACUAGAGGUAAAGUUAAUUGGUAUUUAGCUAGACUUAGAAUAACAAUUCAAGUUAAUUACAAUUAAAACAACAUUUCAACUACUCAACUUUUAUCCAAGGUAGAAAUCCUCAAUUCAGUUUGCUAAAAGAAAACAAAGUAAGAGCAGUUGAAACUGAAGGAGAAGAUGACUUCGUAAGGGAAGAGGAGGAGAAAAUACCUUGUUAAAUUAAUAACUCAGAAUAAACGAAGAGUAAACCAAAGCAAAAAGAUAAGGAAAAUAAUUCAUAAUACUCUAAGUUUGACAAAGAAACUACAAUCAGAAACAAUAAAAAUCAAUUUCAAUCAACUAUAUAGGUUAAACUACCUAGUGAAAAAGAAAUUCUUCAUAAGAUAGAGCAAAAUAAAUAGACAGUUCUAAUGACUGAUGUGCAAGCAGAUGAAUAUCUGAAUGAAUCUUCUAUUAGAAAAAAAUGUGACUAAUUUGACAGAGCCAAAAGUGAAAUCAAAGGCUCAAAAACCUUCAAAGAAAAUCCCUCAACUCCUCUGAUCUUUGAACAGAAGAAAACUAAAGAAAUAUCUCAGCUAGCUGCAAUCAAAGUUAUGGACUUCGGAUAAAUUGAAUAAAAUAUACUGCAGAAGAAACUGGAGUUAUUAGCUAAAGUCUCUUAGAAAAAUUAGGAAGAUAUGUUGGGUUAAAAAUAUAACAAACUUAAUCUUAUGAAAUCCCCUAAGGAUACAAAAUAAACAGUAUUGUUUCAUAUGGAUUUCAAAGAAAUUAAUUUGGAUAAAGUUGAUAGCAGUAGUGAAGGAAAAGACAAAGCUGAAGAGAACGACGAAGUAGUGGAGAUGGAAUUCGAAAAGGAAUAAGAUAGUGUGAAUAUUGAAAUAUUCUCAGAUAAAACCAAUCUAAACUUAAACAAUGGAUCGAAGUAACUGCUGAAAUUUUCAGAGUCUCCGAAGAAAAGAGAAUCAAGAAACAAAAGAAGCUUUAUCUAAUCAUAAAUUUCAUUCGUAACAAUGAGUUAAUUCGAUCAUCAAAAAAUGAAUCAAUUCAAUAGCGCUAAAAAAUCAGAUUUCUUUGAUUAAUAAGUUAACAAUCAAGUCCUUACAAGGGAUGACAGAUUGGAAAGAAAUAGAAACAUAGAGCAAGUCAUAGUCAUGAUUAACAAUGAUAAAUUUAAGGAUUCAAUCAUAUUUAUGAAGAAGAAGCGAUUAAUUAUAGAGAAAUGUAUUGACCUAGGGGACAACAUCAAUGAAUAGUUAGAUGAAUACUAAGCUAAAUGCUUGGGUAAAUUCUUAUUUGAGACUAAAGGUCUGAAUAAAAACAAAAUUGGAGAAUUCAUUGGGAAAAGAGGUGACCCAUACUAGCAAGUAAACAAGUACUUUUUCUAGCGAUUCAGCUUUUACAAUGAACAAAUAGACUGUUCUCUAAGAAAAAUAUUCCAGAAGAUGAGACUGCCUUUAGAAUCUUAAAACAUUAACAACAUUAUCGAGAAAUUCUCUGCACAUUACUGGAAUGAGAAUAGUGAAAGAUACCUUUAGAAAAAUAUCAACUGGAGUGAAGUCAAUAUCUACACCUUGGCAUCUGCUCUAAUUGCUUUAAACUCAUGCAAUCAUAAUAGAAAGGCUCCUAAGAAAUUUAGAAUAUCAAAGAAGUCUUUCCUAGAUUUCGCUGGAUAAUCUCUGCCAAGCCAAUUGACUUCUAAGUUUUUCUCAGAUCUCUAUGACUCUAUAAUGAAAAAUAAAUUUGAAUCUAAAAUAGAUAUUAGUGAGAAGUUUUUCAGAAGAGUUAAGGAGUUCUAAGCAGUUGACGAUCAUAACAAAAAAGAGAAAAUGUUCAAAGAAGAUGGUACCUUGUUUAUUAAAUAUGGUAGAUUAGGGCAUCCACACUCUAGAAAGGUUUACAUUAGCUAAGAUGAAUCUGAGAUAUUUUGGAGAGCAGCCGGUGAGCCAAGUGAUAAAAAUAGAUACCUGAAAACUGACCAAAUCAUUGAUGUAAGAAUAGGAGCCAAUCAUUCAAAAGUUUUUUUGGAUCAUUAGAAGAGUAUUCCUUAGGAUUUUGAUCACUUCUGCAUGUCAAUUUUCUGCAAGAAGGUCAAGAAAGGGGAUAGAAAAUCUCUUGACUUGAGAAUCGAUAGUCAAGAAAUCAUUUAAGAAUGGUACCACAAAAUCAAGAGUAUAAUCGAAAAUAACCGUAUAAUGAAUCAGCAAGAUAAACAUGAUCUUAAUGAAGUAUCAAAGAGACAAGGCAAAAAAGAAAUCAUUGAAGGAUUGUGGUCAUCUGAGAUACUUAUUAACUUGCAUAAGUAUAUAGACCCAUUAUCAAAGCAACUCAUCGUAAUGAACUAAAUUAACCUUGAGGAUGAAAAUAAGUAAAUGAAAUAAAUAACUGAGUAGAUCGAAUCUAUUUAUAAGAAUAAACUCAAGAAACUCAAAACCGAGAAGCAAGUUUAAAACAUUACAAAUAACUUGAAGACUUCCAUUUACUAUAUUUGGCUAUAGGGUCUUCCAAAAUUUUCAAGAGUUAAGGUAUGGCCUAUUUUGUUCAACCAGAGGUAGUAUAUUACGAAGUAAUAAUAUCAAUUUAUGAAGCAACAAUUCGUUUAUUAAAGACUAAGCAUGCCCUAGGAAUUCUACCAAAAACAUCAGCUAAGCUCAUAUCUUUUGAAAAGCAAUGAGAAAAACAAGAAUCAAUAAAAUGAGAGGGCUAUCGAGUUGAUAGAUAACUAUAACGAUCAGUUAAUUUAGAGACAGGUAGUGAUGGAUACAAUCGACAGAAAGGUUUAUUCAUUUAUAAAAAAGAAUAAAAGUCAGAUUGAAAAGUAUGAGAUUGAUGAAGAAUAUUUCAAGGAAUGUAUGCUUGUUAUAUUGGGAGUAUUUUCUAUUUAUAGACCUGAUAUUGGCUUUAUUAAGGGGCUUGACAGAAUUUUAGCUUAGCUUUUGUACAUUAAUUUGCCUUAUUAUAGACUAGAUUAAGAUCAUGAAGUCUUUGACAUUGAUCAGAUCUAAUUCUAAAUCUUUGAUCUCUUCUGUGAUCUUCUUCUUAAUAAUGAUCACAUGAGAUUUUUUUAUGCUUUGAAUGAAGAUGAAAUAUCUUGGAGAUUAAGUUACUUUGAAACAAGUUUAAAACAAGAGAUUCCAACUCUCUACGACCACUUCCAAAUAAUUAACUUGGAGAGCUACUUCUAUAUUUAUGAUUGGUUGAUGAAUCUCUUCACUAAUAUUCUACCUAAAGAAAUCUGCUGGAGAAUCUGGGACAUUUACUUUAUCAAGAAGGAACCAUACUUGUAUAAAGUUGCUAUUGGCAUACUUAAGUUCGUCUAAGACUAAAUUGAAGAGGUAAUAAUAGUAUAAAUAUCUUAAUAUUUAAUUUAGAAAUCAUUGAAUGAGACUCUUCAUUUUUUCAAGAAUUUGAUUUAUAAGGAAGAUUUUAAUGAAGAAGAAUUAUUUGAAAUUAUAGAGAAGGUUAAAAUAUCAGAGGACCUCUUUUACGAAAUGAAAGCUACAUAAUAGAUAGCACUUUAGAAAGCUUCUAUAUAUUAAUACUACUAAUGA